CUCUUUCAGCUCAAUUACAAGUCCAUAGCAAACGACGGUGAAAGGAAAACUAAAUUCAAUACAAGGACUAUUUGGUGUCACAUGAUUUAAGUCCACUCUCAAUAUGUUAUAUUUCCUACUGACUCAUGGUGUCGCUAUUCACCAUCAAUUGAGUCCAACAAAUACAACUAUUGACGCGAGCAGAAGGUUAUAAAGCUUGGACAUAGUUCUACAGCGGUAUCUAAGUCGAAUGAUCUUUUCGUCUCUUCGAAUACAUCAAUUUCUUAAGAGCGUCGUUGGCAGUCUCGAAACAGUAGUUAUAUGGUACAUUAUUCUGUUUUACAAUGGAACAGAGUCGGUUGGAUCUUUGUGUCUUUUUAUUUUUAUGGUUUGGACUGCAUUUCGUUCAUUGCGACCUGAGCUAUUCUGUAAAAGAGGAGAUGAAGCGUGGAUCUGUUAUUGGAAAUAUCGCAAUGGAUCUGGGAUUUGAAGUCGGAACAUUAUCUAUUCGGAAGGCUCGUAUUAAAACGGUGGGAAGGGAACGAACGUAUUGUGAUGUCAAUCUUAGAAGCGGGGAGCUCAUCGUUUCAGAAAGAAUCGACAGAGAGGAACAAUGCGGAGAAAUAGCUUCGUGUGUUCUGAAUUUCGAGCUGCUUUUGGAAUCUCCAUUAGAAUUACACCAUAUAUCACUACAGAUACAAGACAUAAACGACAAUGCACCGAGUUUCCCGACGGAUUUUAUCAAGCUGGAAAUCAGUGAAUCUGCCGUCAAGGGAGCUCGGUAUCGCGUUAAUGCGGCUCAUGAUGAAGAUAUAGGCCCAAACGCUGUUCAGAGUUACAGUCUUAAAAGGAAUAACCACUUUGUUUUCAAUAUUCAAACGACAAGUGCUGGCAGUAAAUAUGGCGAAUUGAUUCUCGACAAGGAGUUGGACAGAGAGGAGCGGAAGGAAAUAAAAAUAUUGUUAACGGCUUUAGACGGUGGCUCUCCUCAGAGAUCAGGUACUCUAACCAUAGACGUCACUGUGUUGGACGCGAAUGAUAACGCCCCAGUGUUUAGUCAGGCCGUAUAUGAGGCCAGUCUGCCUGAGAACUCUCCGUUGAAGUCCCUCAUUGUCACUGUAAGCGCAAUGGACGCUGACGACGGUGUCAAUGGAGAAGUAACGUAUGGACUUGGCCGGAUAUCUGAUAAAUCAAGGAAGUUGUUUUCCCUUGACCGACAGUCGGGAGAAAUAUUCGUUGCAGGUGACAUUGACUUCGAAGAUGGAACUAGAUAUGAAAUGUUUGUUGAGGCUAGAGACAGUUAUGGUCUCUCUUCAGAUACAAAAGUAAUAAUAAGAAUAACUGAUGUGAAUGACAACUCACCAGCAAUAUCUUUAAUAUCGUUGACCAAUCCCAUACCAGAAGACGUGUCACCUGGUACAGAGGUGGGACUUAUAAACGUGCAGGAUAGAGAUUUUGGGAGGAAUCAAAAAGUUCGUUGCGCUAUUCAGCAAACCGUUCCUUUUAAACUUAUUCCUUCAAUUAAAAACUAUUAUUCUUUGGUAACAACAGAGAAACUAGACAGGGAACUAGUGUCUGAAUACAACAUUACAAUAUCCUCCACAGAUGAGGGCUCUCCUCCUCUGUCGUCAGUUAAGGUUGUUCACAUCUCAAUAGCUGACGUCAACGACAACCCACCUGUGUUUGAGGAACAGUCGUAUAGCAGCCAUGUCCGUGAGAACAACAAACCGGGCCACAGCCUGUGUUCUGUUAAGGCCCAUGACCCAGACUGGAGACAAAACGGUACAGUGAUCUAUUCUCUUUUACCCGGUGAAGUCAACGGUGCUCCAGUCUCCUCUUAUCUAUCUGUUAACGGGGAUACCGGAUUGGUCCAAAGUGUCAGGUCAUUUGAUUAUGAACAGUUUAGGAGUUUUAAAGUCUACGUAAUGGCACGAGACAACGGUUCUCCUCCACUCCGCAGCAACGUGACUGUGAGUGUCUUCAUAACGGAUGUAAAUGACAACACUCCUCAGAUACUUUACCCCCCUCCAGAGGGAAACUCCUUCAUGACUGAACUGGUACCCAAAGCUGCACAAGGAGGCUCUCUGGUUUCCAAGGUGAUAGCAGUUGAUGGGGACUCUGGACAGAACGCCUGGCUGUCCUAUCAGAUCAUUAAGUCCACUGAUCCAGGACUUUUCAAAAUCGAUCUGCACAGUGGGGAGAUCAGGACCCAGCGAGACAUUUCUGAUUCUGACAACAUGAAACAGAACAUUGUAGUCGCUGUAAAGGAUAACGGACAGCCCUCCCUCUCUGCUACAUGUUCCAUGUUUUUACUGAUUUCUGAUAACUUGGCUGAAGUACCAGAACUGAAGGACAUGGCUUAUGAAGAUAGCAGUUCUAAAUUAACAUCUUAUCUGAUCAUUGCGCUGGUAUCCGUCUCCACCUUUUUCCUGACUUUCAUUAUUAUCAUUCUGGGAUUGAGGUUUUGUCGGAGGAGAAAGCCCAGACUGUUAUUUGAUGGAGCGGUUGCUAUUCCAAGCUCUUAUCUCCCUCCAAACUACGCAGAUGUGGACGGCACUGGAACUUUACGCAGCACAUAUAAUUAUGAUGCGUAUUUAACCACUGGAUCUAGAACAAGUGACUUUAAAUUUGUCACAUCUUACAAUGACAACACACUGCCUGCUGACCAGACCCUGAGAAAAAAUCCAACAGACUUUGAAGAAGUGUUUGGAGACCUUGAUGUUUCCCCUGAGGUAAAUAGAUAACAUGUUUAACUCCUCUUAUGUUUCCACUAAGAAAUGUGCUCCGUCAGCUUCUCUCCAUUGCAUCUCAUAUUGGGAGCUCUCUUUGGCAGUCAACAUUGUAUAAUGCAUCGUUUUUACAACGAUUUCGUCUUUGCACAAAUGGUGAAUAUUCUUGAUUUGUAUACUUAAUAUUGUCACAAUUAAAUUGAGUACAGUUGUUUAUUUCGAUUUUGCAUUCAAAAUAUUAGGCCUUAAUAUGAUGAACAUAAUUGUGGUACGACACACGUUUUUUUGCUGAAGAACCAGUUAUGGAUGUAACAACCCAUUCUUUCUUUCUGUGCUGUACGAUGUGCAGCACCUUAAUUGGGUAUGUGGUAGAAUUUCUGUUUUUCUUCCCCCUAUUACUUUCUCUGUGCCCAGUCAGUCACCACUAGUCCCACUUGGUUGUUGAGUUUUUGGAGGAUCCAGCAUCUACUGCAGAGUUUCCUGUGUUAUCCGAGGAUUUUAUUAUUAUAACAAUGUGUGUUAGCUGCUCCAACCAAUCACUCACAGUUAUACUAUCUGGAGGACUGACUGAGGUGUGGAACGACCUGUAUGCUGAGCCCUGUCUGAUGGAUCUCUCUAGCUGUUACUACUGACCGAUCGCGUGCUAUGUCGCUGUCCAUUGUGCUUGGAUGUCCUUUCUGCACUGUUUAACGUUGUAAUGCCUUCAUAAAUACUAUACCAUGUCAUUUAUAUUAUUCAUGCCUAAUUGUAAUAAUUUCCACUUAAUUCGUUUUAUUGUUGAACAAAGCCUUUAUGGUUUCAAUUUCAGCUCAAUUACAAGUCCAGAAAUUACGACGGUGAAAGGGAAACUAUAUUCAAUAGCAGGCCUCUUUGGUGUUACAUGAUUAACGUCCACUCUGAAUAUGUUAAACUUCCUACUGACUCAUGGUGUCGCCAUGCACCAGCAAGUGAGUUCAACAGAAUACUAUCGUCUGCAUUUCCACCCACCACGUAUUGACGCGAGCAGAAUGCUACAAAGCUUGGACAUCGCUCACCAGCGGUAUUUGAGUCGAAUGAUCUUUUUGUUCCUUCCAUCAAAUCCCUUCCUUUAGACCGUUGUUGGCAAUCUAGUAACAGUCGUUAGCCUAUAUGGAAUACUGCUCUGUUUUACAAUGAACAGAGUCGAUUGGGUCUUUGCGUCUUUUUAUUUUUUGGACUGCAUUUCGUUCAUGGCGACGUGAGCUAUUUUGUUCAAGAGGAGAUAGAGCGUGGAUCUGUUAUUGGAAAUAUCGCAAAGGAUCUUGGAUUGGAAGUCGGAAUAUUAUCUACUCGUAAGGCUCGUAUUAAAACGGUGGGAAGCGAACGGAGGUAUUGUGAUGUCAAUCGUCGGAGCGGAGAGCUCAUUGUUUCAGAGAGAAUUGACAGAGAGGAAAAACACGGAGAAAAGGCUUCGUGCGUUCUUAGAUGAAGCUGCUUAUGGAAUCUCCUUUGGAAUUACACCGUAUAUCCAGUGGCGGUGGGUCAAAUAGAGGGCGCUCGGGCGCCGCCCCUCCGUGAAAUAUUCACUUGAAUAUGUCUGUCAACUAUUAAUCAACUAUUAUCAAUACGAAAUAAAUCAACAAAAAUACAUAGCGUUUAUCCUUGUUUAAUUGUGUGAUAUACUUGUCACUGCCAGCAACGAUUUAAAUGCGUCUGACCGUCAAUGAUUUGGGCUAGGCUAGUUAUU